AUGAUGUUGGAUGUGACUCCUACGAAAGACAACUUGCCUACAAGUUAUUAUGAUGCAAAAAGGUUGGUGUCGAAGUUAGGUUUAGAAGUACGAAAGAUUGAUUGUUGCAUAAAUGGAUGUAUGUUGUUUUAUGAUAAUGAGUUUAGUAUUAAUGAUGAGGCGCUGGAGGAAUGUAAGUUCUGUAAGAGUCUGAGAUAUCAAAUUCGUAGUAAAGCCAUUAACCGUAAACAAAAACGUGUAGCAGUGAAGUCCAUGUUUUAUUUGCCGAUAAUACCAAGAAAUGUCAGGCUUGGACUAUGCUCUGAUGGUUUUACUCCAUACGUCCAAGCAUCCACAAUUGCAUAUUCUCGUUGGCCAGUUAUUGUAACCCCUUACAACCUCCCUCCAGAGAUGUGCAUGACAAAACCAUACAUGUUUUUGACUUGCCUCAUUCCAGGACUGUCAAGUCCUAAAGCCGGAAUCGACGUUUAUUUACAACCUUUAGUAGAUGAUUUGAAGAGGUUAUGGAUUAGAGAAUGA